AUGUUUGUUAUUGAUGAAGCUAAGUACCAGGUGGUGGUGGAGGAGGAGCGCCCCCGCAGGCAGCAGAGGGGUACUGCGGAGAUCUUGCGGUGUUACCCAGUCCCGGUCCACUUCCACAACACCAGCCACCUCAACUCCUUCUACUACUACACCGCCGAGAUGAGCAGCAUCCAGAAGCCCCUGGCCUUCUGCAUAGGGGACAACAGGACGUACGGGGGCUACAGGAACGCUCCUCUCCUUCCUCAUAAGAGCUACACCGUGUACUACCAGGCGGUCAGCACCGCUAACGGGGAGACUAAGAUAGAUUGUGUCAGAGUGGCCACUAAAGGCGCGGCCACCAGGCGGCCGGAGCCCGAGCAGGAGAAACAGUCGGACCACACGGUGAAGAUCGCUGGGGUCACCGCCGGAGUGCUGCUCUUCAUCAUCAUCUUCCUCGGGGUCAUCCUGCUCAUAAAGAAACGGACGCUGGCUAAGAAGCGUAAGGAGACCAGUUCCCGGCAGGAGAUGACGGUGAUGGUCAACUCCAUGGACAAGAGCUUCGCUGAGCAGGGGACCAGCUACCAGGCGGACACUCACACACUCACCACACGCACCCUCUCCUCUCCAUCCUCCUUUACGCUGAAAUCCAACUCCAUCACAACCUCGCUGCCCAACACCUACUACCAGGGUAAGAACUAUGAUACUACCACCUACUACCAGGGUAAGAACUAUGACACUACUACCUAUUACCAGGGUAAGAACUAUGACACUACUACCUACUACCAGGGUAAGAACUAUGAUACUACCACCUACUACCAGGGUAAGAACUAUGAUACUACCACCUACUACCAGGGUAAGAACUAUGAUGCUAACAUGUUACUACCAGGGUGUACUAAAGGUGUGUUAAAGGUGUGUCUGGGUGUGUUCUCCCUUCAGACGUUGAACAUGGUGACUCCGACGCUACGUGUGGAGGACUGCAGCAUCGCUCUGUUGCCGAGGAACCAUGAGAAGAACCGCUGCAUGGACGUCCUGCCUCCGGACCGCUGCCUGCCCUUCCUCAUCACCAUCGACGGAGAGAGCUCCAACUACAUCAACGCCGCCCUUAUGGACAGCUACAAGCAGCCGUCCGCCUUCAUCGUGACCCAGCACCCCCUCCCCAACACGGUGAAGGACUUCUGGAGGCUGGUGCUGGACUACCACUGCACCGCCAUCGUGAUGCUGAACGACGUGGACCCCGCCCAGUUGUGUACUCAGUACUGGCCGGAGAUCGGGGUCCACAGCCACGGACCUCUUCAGCUGGAGUUUGUUUCCGCCGACCUCGAGGAAGACGUGAUCAGCCGGAUAUUCAGGAUAUACAACGCCGCACGGCCCCAGGACGGGUUCCGCAUGGUGCAGCAGUUCCAGUUCCUGGGCUGGCCGAUGUACCGCGACACGGCCGUCAACAAGCGCUCCUUCCUCAAGCUCCUCCACCAGGUGGAGAAGUGGCAGGAGGAGUACGGAGGGGGGGAGGGCCGUACGGUGGUGCACUGCCUUAAUGGGGGAGGUCGCAGUGGGGCGUUCUGUGCCAUCAGUAUCGUGUGUGAGAUGUUGAGGCAGCAGCGGUCCGCGGACGUCUUCCACGCCGUCAAGACCCUACGGAACAACAAGCCCAACAUGGUGGACCUGCUGGAGCAGUACAAAUUCUGCUAUGAAGUCGCUCUGGAAUAUCUCAACUCUACUUAACCUGAACAGCCAAUCAUCUCUCCCCAACUCCUCUCCCCUCCUCUCUCCUUCUCCCCAACUCCUCUCUCCUCCUCUCCUUCUCCCCAACUCCUCUCUCCUCCUCUCCUUCUUCCCAACUCCUCUCCCCUCCUCCUCUCCUUCUUCCCAAGUCCUCUCUCCUCCUCUCCUUCUUCCCAACUCCUCUCCCCUCCUCUCCUUCUUCUCAAGUCCUUUCUCCUCCUCUCCUCCUUUCCUCUCUCCUCUCCCCUCCUCUCUCCCCUCUGCCUCCUCUUUCCUCCUCUCUCCUCAUCUCCUCCUCUUCUCCCCCACCACCUCCCAAGUCCCGGAGAACUACUGAAAGAGGAGGAGGAGGAGGAGGAGGAGGAGGAGGAGGAGGAGGAGGAGGAGGAGGAGGAGGAGGAGGAGGAGGUGGUGGAGAGCCUUGCUGCACUGCCUUGUUUUAAACUCCACACCUCAUGAUGUAUAUGCUUGUAUAGAAACAUGUACAGUUCACCAAUAUGCAUGUGCAAACACUAUUGUUCUGUGUUUGUCUGUCUCUCACACACACACAGACAGACACAUACAUACACACCACACACACACACUUACAAACACACAGGCACACGCUCAGAGACGUCACAGGUUUACAAAGGGCUGAUGGUGAUGAGAUAUGAUUAGAUGAUUUUUUUUUUUAUCCGUUUGUUGUGAGUUCAUCGCUAAAAAGAUCAAAGGAGUGCGGAGAGACUUUCCCAGCAUCCCUUCGUCAUGGAGAUCAAGAUCAAGAUGGAUGCCCCGAUGUUUACGCAGCGUCCAAAGGAUCAAGGAGAUCGAUAGGAGACGUCCUUCCAUCCCUACACCCCUUCAUCUCCACCCCUAUGUCCGUUCGUUGCGAGUGUAUGUUGGAUGUGAGUGUGUGUAUGGUGUGUGGUGUGCUUGUUUGUGUGUUUGUGUGUGUGUGUGUAUGGUGUGUGGUGUGCUUGUUUGUGUGUGUGUGUGUGUGUGUGUGUGUGUGUGUGUGUGUGUGUGUGUGUGUGUGUGUUGGGAUUCUGUGUUCAUACUGUACAUAACGACACCACUAUUUAUUCCUGCACACAGUCUUGGUGUUGAUGUCAUGAAUAUUAUUAAUAUUGUUGUUAUUAUUGUUGCUGUUGUUGAUAUUGUUGAGAGAGCAGAGAGCGACAAUCAUGGUGGAUUUUACGGAACCGUUCAAACUGGAUCAAACUGGAAAGGACCGCUUCAGACUGGUGCAGACUGGUGUGUUUUGGCCUCUCCGGGCUGCCGUAGAUCUCUGACACCCUUGAGUCACCGACAAGAGACAGGAAACAGGAAACAGGUGUUGGACCAGACACUGUGGUCUUUAACACACACACACACACACACUAAUAGACGCACGCACACACUCUAAUAGACGCACACACAGACACACACAUGGGGUAGACAUGCCAUCAGAGGUCUGGAUCCCACAAUGACCACUGGCCUGGCCCUAUGAUCCCUGAAGGGAAGUGCUGGUCCAUACACACAUGCGCACCUACAAACACACACACACAUACACACACACCUGCAACGGUUCUGAGGUUUUGAUUGGUUUGCUCUGUCGGGUCAUGUGAUCCGAUGUAUCGUACAGAUUUUAUUUAUAUUGUAUGAUUGCAAAAAGAUGAAUACAGAUGUAUACACAAUAAUGCAGGCUCUUCUG